UGUUUGUUUGGUUAGACCAGCAAGGAGGAGAGUCUGAAAAGCAAUAGCAGACGGGAAAGGAGAAGAAUCAGCGAGACAUAAUAGGGAGGAAGGCAUCAGGAGAAGGAAGGCAUUCAGGCACUGCAUGUGUUGUUUCGAACUGUGAAGUAGGAGGAGAAGCUCAGCAGGCGGGAGGAGGAGGAAGGGGCACUUCCUCUUUAGUCUGAGUAGAGCUGCUGAGGUAUCCCAGCAGCCCCAGGCUGUGGCGACAGGAAACCUUCGUAUAAAAAGCUGCAUCGCAGGGGGAACCCUCCUGAGUACCUCUUAGACACAGCAUGACCAGGACCAAGAGCCUGAGAGUGUGGACCUAACAAAACAAUGCCCAGCAUAAAAGCCAAACCACCCAGCACUCAUCACUUCAUCAUGGACCGAGAUGACAGGAACAGAAACAACACGCUUGGAAAGAACUUUAUGUGUCGACUCCAGUGCAUGUUCUCACAGACGCCUCAAUGCUCAGAGAGCGGGCUAAGUUUAGAAGACACCCAACAAUGGUCACAGUCUCUGGAAAGGCUUCUUGAAUCUAAAUAUGGACUGGCCACCUUUCGUAACUUCCUCAAAUCAGAAUAUAGUGAUGAGAAUAUUGAAUUUUGGCUCACUUGUGAGGACUACAAGAAGAUUAAGUCUUCAUUUAAAUUGUCCUCAAGAGCUAAGAAGAUUUAUGAGCAGUUCAUCAAAGCAGAAUCACCUAAAGAGAUCAACAUUGACUAUCACACUCGAGAGCAGAUCAAAAGAAACGUCAAGACUCCCACCAUGCAUUGCUUUGACGAAGCUCAGAAGAUAGUUUACGGGCUGAUGGAAAGAGACUCGUACCCGCGGUUCCUCCGCUCGGACAUUUAUAGAACACUCCUGGAAAGCCUCGCUACUGACGCCACAACGGGAUGAAAGCAAGGUCAGGAGGAGAGAGGAAGGAGAAGAAAACCCAUAACUGGAAUCUUUGAGGCUCCUUCAGGCGGAGGAACUGAAAACGAAAAGGAAGGAGGGUCAUCCAGUGUGGAACUAGGACACAAUCAGCGGCCCGAGCACGUCGGCGAUGCCACUCCUGUUCUACACUAAUAAAGGAGCGGAUCCCUACAUUUAGCACCACACGCCUGAAGACUUUUUCUGAAGCAAAUUUUCCCAAUAAUGACCCCGUAGACCCCGUUGUCACAGGAUGAAGACUGUGCAGGACAACUGGACGCCUUUCGCGGUGAACGAAUUAGUAAGCUGACGGACUUCUGCAAUAACAGUAAAGCUGCAACAUAUGCAAAGAAUGCACUAGUUGCCUUCUGGCCUUCUUUGGAGAGGUGUUUCCUGUGCAGAUAGAAGAUAAAAGAUACAACAGUCACAACUGCUUAACUCCCACUCUCUCACUUGUGUGUGUUAGAGAGGGAAAAAAAAGAGACACAAAGUGAAAUAAAAAAAGUAGAAUUUUAUGAUGGCACUUAAAUAUCAUUUACUCAGAAUAAGCUGUAGCCAAAGAGCUGGUCAAUAAAUCAGAGCACUAAGAGACAGAAAAUCCA